UCUCAGUCAAUCAGCCAGUGUCCGUGCGUUAGGUUCACAUUUUUCGUGGCGAGUGGUACUGCAGCUACCAUCGAGUUCUUCCCAAUUUCACCAUUGGCCGAUUCCAGAAAUGAAAAUAAUAAAUAAAUAGAAUUAUAUAAACGCAAAACCAAUACGCGAACGCAUAUAUGUACAUAUACCUUGCUGCUGACGGAGUAUUUGUAUAUCUGUGGAAUUCCCAGUGCAUUCCGGUUUUUCGAAUAACAUUCAAACCAACAACGGUGUCUAUAUAAACGUCGCUUCGUCAGAGAGUCACACAGAAACACCGACAUCGAAAAACCCCAAAAAACGACAAUAAAAAUUAAAAAAAAAAAAACGUCAAUAAUUGAUGCACAACCACAUGAUUAAGCUUAACUGUGACUCCAUUCGCACAAGUCUGAUAACCGAGGCUUAAACUAACUUUCCCUUCUAGCCACAAAAUGCUCAGAAUACCAGAACGCGUGAUGGUGUGGCUCCCAUUGCUCUUGGGGGCGAUCUUCCUGUGCUCCGCGAAUCCUCAAAGCAGCAGAGCUCCGCCCCAACUGUCGGUGGGCAUUCCCCUCACCCCCUUGACGGCACCCGAAGCCUUUGAGCGCGGUGGCAGCUUCAUCCCGUCCAUGCGGAGCGACUUCGGCAACGAUGUCCUCGUCAGCAUUUCGCAGGGCGUUCAGGACUUUGCCCUCGAUCUCCUCCAGCGCAUAUCCGUCGAGGUGGAGAAGUUCAACAGGGACUUCAUGAUAUCGCCCUUCUCCAUUUGGUCCCUGCUGGUGCUUCUGUACGAAGGAUCCGAGGGGGAGACCUACAACCAGCUGCGCAGCGUCCUGCGGAUCAAUGUCGAGGACGAAAAGCUGCGUGGAGCCUACAAGGUGUGGAGCUCAUUUCUCAACACGACCACGCCCACCAUCGAGGUGGCCACCCUUCAAGCCAUUUACACCGGCAAGGACUAUCCCAUCAAGAACACCUACCGAAAUGCCAUCCAGAACUACAAUGUGCAGCCCGUGGAGGUGGACUUCAACAGCCCGGACUCGGUGCUGCAGAUCAACGAGGACACAAAUCGCGCCACCCGAGGCCUGAUUCCGUACACCAUUCUGCCACAGGACAUAUACGGGGCCAAGAUGUUCCUGCUCUCCUCGCUGUACUUCAAGGGCCAGUGGAAGUUGCCCUUCAACAAAACCCUGACAAGAGAUGAACCCUUCUACAACGAGAACGGCGAUGUCAUCGGCCAGAUACCCAUGAUGGUGCAGGAGGCGGACUUUGCCUACGCCUCCAACAUAGAGGGUCUGGAUGGCUACGUCCUGGAGCUGCCCUAUGGCAAACAGAACAGACUGUCGAUGCUGGUGGUGCUGCCCAAGCGGGGCUUCAAGCUAAACGAUGUGGCCAACAAUCUGAAGACCAUCGGACUGCGACCCAUCCUUCAGAGACUGGAGACUUUCAGGAAGAGGGCCCCCGAGGACAACGAGGUAGAGGUCAUGAUGCCCAAAUUCAUUACAUCCACGGACUUUGCACUCAAGGGAAUCCUAAACGAGAUGGGCGUUCGGAAUCUGUUCAAUGAGAGUACCGCCAAUCUGAACCGCAUGUCAUCGGGACUGUUCGCCAAGCUGGUGAUCCACUCCACCAAGAUCAUCGUAAACGAGCAGGGCACCACGGCGGGUGCGGUCACGGAGGCCUCGCUGGUCAACAAGGCCACGCCGCCCAAGUUCCAGAUGAACCGCCCCUUCCAGUACAUGGUCGUGGAGAAGGCCACCGGCCUGCUGCUCUUCGCCGGCCAAGUGAGGAACCCCAAGGCGGCCUAGGGAUCCGGACCAGACCUUGUUCACAUACCGCAAUAAAUACGUUACGUUAAGUCAA